GAGGUUAUCGCUAUAACUACGUAUUUCUAACCUUCAUACAAAGUUGUAUAAAUUCAAUUUGAUUUUUCUCAUGAAAUAUCAUAUUUAACUAUGCCGCCAAAUCGCGAUUCCAGUGGUGAAUCUGGAUCGGAUUCUGAAAGUGGCUCGGCUUCCUCUGCUUCGAGUCGCAGUGGUAGUCCAGCAUCUUCGCAUGCCCCAUAUCAAACUCCAAGAGCAGCUACAACCGAUCAUUCCGAGGAUGAAGGAGAUCGUCGUUCAAAAUCAUCAAAUUCGAGUAGAUCUAGAUCGAAUAGCCGAUCACCCAGCAGGCCUAAAUCUAGCAGUCCUCGGUCACAAAAGUCCGCCAGAUCGAGGAGCAAGUCACCAGUGAGCGUGAGAUCGCAUAAAUCUACACGAUCCCAAAGCAAAUCUCCAACAAGGUCUGGCUCUCGGCACUCCAGUGUCAGAUCCGUAGAGAGCAACAAAUCUGGUUCUCAAAGGUCAAGAAGCGGAUCGGCACAUUCGGCACACUCUGGAAGUGCUACAUCCGCAAAGUCAAAUCACUCACGUUCACCUUCCCCCCAAGGAAGUCACAGAUCGGCGAGCCCUAAAUCGGCCAUCAGUAGAAGAUCCGUUUCGAAUUCGCCAAAGAGUCGUAGGUCCGGAAGUCGAGCCUCGCAGAUGAGUAAUCGCUCGGGUAGCCAAACGUCCCAGGCGAGCAGACGCUCCGGAAGUCAGACUUCAAGAGGGAGCAGGCGCUCGGGUAGUCAAACGUCGAGGACGAGCAGACGCUCGGGAAGUCAAACCUCAAGGACGAGCAGACGUUCGGGGGGCAGCCAGACAUCGCGAACCAGCAGGAGGUCGUCUUCCGGAGGAUCGCACAAGAGCAACAGGUCGAGAAGUGAUUCAGCGGAUAGUAGAAGGUCGGCUAGUGGCUCGAGGAAGAGCGCGAGCCCCAAGUCAUCGCGGAGGUCGCAAAGUCCCAAAGCCGACAAAAGCGACAACGAAUCGGAAAAAUCUCUUAAGAUAGCGACCGAGGAGGCGGUGAAGAAGCGAAGCCACGACAGCGAGUCGGACUCGGACGGCGCUAAGAUAGCGAAGAAGAAGCGCCAGCUGAUCGACACGGACUCGGAGCCAGAAGACGAGACCCAGAAGGCGAACGAGGAAAAGGGUGAGCAGCCGACGGCGGACGCCCUCUUCGGGGACGCGAGCGACAUCAGCAGCGACGACGAGAAGGCCGAGGAGGAGAAGGAGGAGAAGGAGGAGAGUGCCCCGGCCAAAGGGAAGAGCCGCAGCAAGAGUCGCAGCAGGAGCAGGAGCAGGAGCAAGAGUAGAAGCAGGAGCAAGAGUAGGAGCAAGAGCCGGAGCAGGAGCAGGGAACGUUCCGAGGAGAGAACCCAAAUAUCUGUGGUCGAGGAUGAAGACGAUAAGGAAAAGGAGGAAGAGCCCGAGCCGCCUCCAGAAACAAGAAUCGACGUUGAAAUCCCGAAAAUUACGACUGAUCUCGGUCGCGAGAUACACUUCGUUAAAUUGCCCAACUUCUUAUCAGUCGAGACUCGUCCAUUUGACCAUGAAACUUACGAAGAUGAAAUCGACGAGGAGGAGACUCUGGACGAGGAAGGUCGAGCCAGACUUAAACUCAAAGUCGAAAACACAAUAAGGUGGAAGGAGGUGUUUACCGAGGAUGGCAAGAUGGAAAAGGAGAGCAACGCGAGAUUCGUGAAAUGGUCGGACGGCAGUAUGUCCUUACAUCUCGGCUCGGAGAUAUUCGACGUUUAUAAGCAGCCGCUCCAAGGAGAUCACAAUCAUUUGUACAUUAGGCAGGGUACGGGUUUGCAAGGUCAAGCGGUUUUUAGAACAAAGCUGACGUUCCGCCCGCACUCGACGGAGUCCUUCACUCACAGGAAGAUGACGAUGUCCCUUGCGGAUCGCUCUCAAAAGACCAGUGGCAUCAAGGUGCUGUCGCACGUCGGCAUGAAUCCAGAUCAAAAUAAAUACGAGAUGAUCAAGAAAGAGGAGGAGAAACUGCGUAUGGCGAUGCGCGUGCAAAGUAAGCCGAAAAAGUCGAGUGGCGGCGGCAGAGGCUCGAAUCGCGCGGCCGCUAAUUACGGAAACGACACUUAUCACGACGAGGGUUCGGACGACGAAAAUGCCAUAUCACUAGCUGCCAUAAAGAACAAGUACAAGAAGGCCGCGGCGAGCGGAGGCAUGUCAAAACUAACUUCGAAUAUUUACUCGUCCGAUGAGGAAUGCUCCGACUUCGAAGCCGGCCGACCAAAGAAGCAUCCCAAGAGCAAAGCACUUAAGGACUCGGACGACGAGUCCAAGUCGGGCUCGGAGGAAGAGGAGUCGGGAAGCGGCGAGGAGAACGACGAGGAGGCCGAUGAUGCCGCCGAGGAGAACGGCAGUGACGACGAUUAAAGAUGGCUACGUGGCUAAAUUAGUUGAUCUAUUGAAUAACAUAUUAUAUUGAAUUCGUCCAAUGAUACGCUCGCAGUCGCGAGAUUAUUCGAGACUUUUCGGAGUUACUUUUGCCGAAGAUAAAAUAAUGUUGUCCAGUUAUAAAUUUUGUUCAUUAAGUCGUAAGUUGCGCGAUUAUGUGAAGCUGUAGUUAAAUGAAUGAGUGGAGAUGACUUUUUAAUACUGUACGUAAAAAUGUAUUUUACAAUAUAAGCAAUUGAAAUUGAGAA